AUGGCACAAAAACACGUUAUGCUCUCCUAUGAAUGGACUGUACAAAAGUUAGUUUCAAAAGUUUAUGAUUACUUACAGCAACAGGGAAUACCAUUAUGGAUGGAUAUUAAAUCCGGUGUCUCGUCAGAUGGUCUAUUCGAAUGUAUCGCUGAAGCCAUUGAAGAUGCCACUUGCUUCGUUUGCUUUAUGACGCCUGAAUACCAAAAUUCGGAUUUUUGUAAACGAGAAUUUUUAUAUGCACACAAAUGUAAGGUGCCAAUCGUACUAUUGAAGUUGGUGGAGAAUUGGGAGCCGACAAGUUGGUUAGGUUUCGCAACAGUUGGCCUAGUCUGGCUUGAUUUUUAUCAUGCAGACAAUCUUUCGAAAAAAACCAGUCGAUUAUAUAAUCGUAUUUGUAAAAUAACUGGUAAUCAAGUUCAAUCAUCUUCACCUCAUUAUGUCGAACUGAUCCAGAAAACACCGUCAUCGCAUUCAUUACAAGUUUCUGAUUCGAAUAGUCCAUAUAAACAACCUGUAAUGGUCAAAAGCAAUAAUAAUUUCAGACAUUCUGCUCAAAGUCUCAACAGAUCUGAUAAACAUAUAAUGAAACAUGAUGAGUCUCCAAUACAAAGACCCCCGGUAGAAAAAUUCGAACAUUUUCAUUUUUCUGACAGACCAACGAUUACCAGAGACACUAGUAAGCAAAAGAGACCGUCGACAACAAAACCAUCGAUGCGGAUCUGUUCACAUAUGAAUAAUGAGGAUAACGAUAAAGAUCGUGAUGCUUGCAAGUUCGGAUGGUAA